ACGCCGCUCGGUCACCGCCGCGUUCACCUCGCGGAGCCGGGGCUGCCCGUGACAGCGGGAACACCGGGAACAACAGGAACACCAGGAACAACGGGAACACCGGGAACAACGGGAAGGGCAGGACACCGGGAACACCGGGAACAGCGGGAACAACGGGAAGGGCAGGACACCGGGAACAACGGGAACAGCGGGAAGAGCGGGAAGAGCGGGACACCGGGACUGCCGGUCCCGCGGAGCCGGGAUCGGGGUCCUCGGCCCAGUUUGAGACGCCACCCGGCACUGGAAGCACUGGUCAGGCUGGGAGCGGCCAUGAGGGCCAUUCCUGGAGCUGGAUCCCUGCGGAGCCUCGUCCAGCUCGCCUGGCUGUGCCUCCUCUCCUCCGUGCCGCACGGAGGGGCCAAGGUGCUGGAGAAGACCUUCGAGGAGUGGCUGCGCUACCGUGACGAGUGCCUGAGGAGGAUGGCGAGCGAGCCCUACCCGGCAGGGCUGUUCUGUAACAGGACAUUUGACAUGUACGCCUGCUGGCCCGAUGGGAGCCCUGGCACUGCUGUCAACGUCUCCUGCCCCUUCUACCUGCCCUGGUUUGAGAAAGUGAAGCACGGGCUGGUGAGCCGCAGGUGUGGCACCGACGGUCAGUGGGUGACAGUGAACGGCAGCCAGCCCUGGAGGGACUACUCCCAGUGCGAGGAUGAGCUGGAGGUCACUGCUGAGGAGGUGGGACCCGGCUGGGACAGCAGGGAUGGCCAGGGCAGCCUGGCCGGGGGUGGACCCGCACCCACCUGGGCUCCCUGGCGCUGUGCUCCCCUGCAGGAAGGCGCCCGCCGGCUCAUGGUGAGCUUCAAGGUGCUCUACACCGUGGGGUACUCGCUGUCACUGCUCACCCUCAUCUCCGCCCUGCUCGUCCUCACCGCCUGCAGGAACCUGCGCUGCACCAGGAAUUACAUCCACGCCAACCUGUUCGCCUCCUUCGGGCUGCGCGCCACCUCGGUGAUGGUGAAGGACGCGCUGCUGGAGCGGCGCUGGGGCGUGGAGCUGGUGCAGGUGGCCGACUGGGAGGCUCUGCUGAGCCACGAGGCAACGCUGGGGUGCCGUGCGGCGCAGGUGCUGAUGCAAUACUGCAUCCUGGCCAACCACUACUGGUUCCUGGUGGAAGCUGUCUACCUCUACAAGCUGCUCAUCGGGGCCGUGUUCUCCGAGAAGAAUUACUACAGGCUCUACCUCUACCUGGGCUGGGGGACCCCCAUGGUGUUCGUGGUGCCCUGGAUGGCCGCCAAGUACCUGAAGGAGAACGCGGAGUGCUGGGCUCUGAACGAGAACAUGGCUUACUGGUGGAUCAUCCGCAUCCCCAUCCUGCUCGCCUCCCUGAUCAACCUGCUCAUCUUCAUGCGGAUCCUCAAGGUGAUCCUGGCCAAGCUCCGGGCCAACCAGAAGGGCUACGCCGACUACAAACUGAGGCUGGCCAAAGCCACCCUGACCCUCAUCCCCCUCUUUGGGAUCCACGAGGUCGUUUUCAUCUUCGCCACGGACGAGCAAACCACGGGCAUCCUGCGCUACAUUAAGGUGUUCUUCACCCUCUUCCUCAACUCCUUCCAGGGCUUCCUGGUGGCUGUGCUGUACUGCUUUGCCAACAAAGAGGUAACAGGGACAGGGUGUACCUGUCCCUGUCCUUGUCCCUGUUCUUGCCAUGGCACCUGCUGCCCGGCUUCCCCACCCCACCCUAUGCCUGCAGGGGGGGCACAGCCACGGAUAAGCCCCUUCUCCCUUCCCUCCAUGGCAGGUGAAGUCCGAGAUGAAGAAGAAGUGGCAGCUCUGGAAGCUUGAUCACCCGGUGCUCUGCUGUGCCCAGUGAGGUGGUGACCAGCCAGGGUAGAGGGGCUGCUGGCCACAGUGGCCACAGGGCCUGGCUGGAGAGCAGGAGGCUGCAGGAAGCUGUGCUGGGCAGUGCCCACCCAGGAUGGCGAGGCUGGGACGGGUGUCUGGCUGUGCCACACUGGAGCUGCUGGAAGGGACCUCCCUGCUGUGACCCGAGUGGGACGUGGCACCCUGGCUCUUGCAGGCAUUGCUGUGUGUCCAGCCCUGCUGCUUCUCCCCGUGCCUGAGCACCUGCAGAGCCUGACAGCCUCCCCCAGGACACCUCCCACACAGGGAACCCCUGGGACACCCACACCCCCCUGGCACCUGUGGGAUCACAGCAGGCAGGGGCAGCCUGGCCCUCAGCAGUGGCAGUGGGAGAUGCUGCCACACCCUGCACCCUGGGCCACACCACAGCCAGGGCUUCCCUGUCCCUGUGUCCCAGGCCAGGGCCAGCUCACCAGGCAUCCACAGCCACCCUGUAAAGCUCUGCACAGCGAGGGGCUGCUCCUGCUCCCACCCUCAUCACCGACACAGAACAGCAGCUCCCAUCCCCCCUCGCUGCUCUGCAGCUGCACAAACCCCUGGUGCCCCUGCCAUGGGCAGAGCCAAGGAUGGAGCCUCAAAACCACUUGGGAGUGAAGGAUUUGAGAGCAGCAACUCACUGGGGCAGAGCCCAACCUCCUCCGUGCCAGGUUCAGCAUCCAGCCCAGCCUCCCCUGCUUUGUGGAGGGAAAGCUGCAUUGCCAGCAUGGCAGGAGCUCAGGAACCAAAGGCUGGCCAAAGGCUGAAAUCCUGGGAGUUUCCUUUCCAGUGGGAUGCCAAAGCAUCAUCCUCCCCCAGCCAAGCAGGCUGUGGAUCCCGGGAAGCUCAGGAGCAAGGGAAGCAGCCGAGGUGGUGUGGUUUGAGCAGGGCUGCUCCUAUCCUGGGCCUGGAGGAGCAGGAGACACCCCCAGCCCCAGCCCCUCGCUCUAGCCCGAGGGAGCAGCACGGACACUGCCAGAGCUCGUUCCCACCACAUUCCUUCCUUUCUCGAGUCUCCUCCGGGCUGGAGGAAGCAGCUGGGAGGCUCCAGGAGAUGCCCAUGGACACUGGAGGUUCUCCAGAUCCUGCCCUUCCCCGAGGGGCUGGGGGAGCCUCUCCCAGUGCCUCAGGCAGGAGCUGCCUCGAGCACACAAAGCAAAGAGGCUGCACCAGCCUGGAGUCACAGCCCUGGAUCGAUGGAACCCCCUCGAGACCAAUUUACACAUUAACUCUCUUUUCAGAUGUAAAUAAAUAUUUAUUUUUCAACAAGCAGAGCCUGCUGCUUCUGUCUGCUGCAGGGGGAGGAAAGGGCUGGUGUGCACAGACAGCUGAAUCUCAGAAUGGACUGGGGUGGGGGGAAAAAGAACUUUAAAGCUGCCAUGGCAGGGACACCUCCCACCACCUCAGGCUGCUCCAAGCCCUGCCCAGCCUGGCCUUGGGCACUGCCAGGGAUCCAGGGGCAGCCCCAGCUGCUCCGGCCACCCUGUGCCAGGGCCUGCCCACGCUGCCAGGGAACAAUUCCUUCCAAUAUCCCAUCCAGCCCUGCCCUGUGGCAGUGGGAGCCAUUCCCUGUGUCCUGUCCCUCCAUCCCUUGUCUCUAGUCUCUCUCCAGCUCCCUGGAGCCCCUUUGCACCCUGGCAGAGGCUCUGAGGUGCCCCUGGAGCCUUCUCACCAGGUGACCAGAGGAGGCAGCUCUCUGAGCCUGGCUCCAGCCCUGGGCUUGGAGUAUCUCAGUAGCUCCCACUG